AUGAGUGAAUGGUGGGCGACAAUUGGUCAGCCUUUUGCGGAGGCACUGCUGAGUUUCGAUAUUGCCAAGAUCAAAGAGGCUUUUGUAAGGACUCCGAGCUCCUACUACAAGUACAUUCGCUCCAUUUACGAGCGCAGCCCAGAGCAUGUAAUUAUCGAGACGUUUCUUAUCGUCUUUGUCAUCUACAUCACCUUUGUCAAACGUGAUAAGCCUAAAGGCACAGCUGCCAAGCUCUCGGAACGUGAGAUUGAUGAUUUGUGUGAGGAAUGGACUCCUGAGCCUAUUAUUCCACCCAGUGUCGUUGUGGACACCAACAAGUCCAAGCCCAUUGGUAUCGUGGAGGCCACGCCUGAUACGCACAUCAAGCUGCAGGGCUUUGCCAAACCGCUACUGAAUUUGGCUACCUUUGACUUUCUUGGUCUAGGCUCACGCCCUGAACUUAAGGAGGUUGCUAUUAAGACGCUUACCAAAUAUGGUUGUGGUUCGUGCGGACCUCGUGGCUUUUACGGAACUAUUGACACACACGAGAUCCUGGAGAAAGACAUUGCCCAGAUGAUGGGAACGACUGACUCGAUUACCUUUUCGGACACGGAAGCCACGUCAUCAUCCGUAUUGCCAGCCUUUGCUAAACGUGGUGAUCUCAUUGUGAUGGAUGUAGGGUGCAAUGACUCGAUCUUGGUGGGUGCCAACCUAGCACGGUGCACGGUGCACUACUACAAGCACAACAAUCUAGAAGACCUGGAGCGUGUGCUGAAGAGCGUGCGUGAUGAAGACAAGAGGAAGAAGCGCGGCUCGGACUGCCAGCGCCGCUAUGUUGUGACGGAAGCACUAUUUCGCAACCACGGUGACAUGGUUAACUUGCCCAAGGUGGUUGAGUUGUGUAACAAAUACUUUUUCCGCCUUUUCUUAGACGAGAGCUUUUCUUUUGGUGUGCUUGGUAAAUCGGGCCGUGGACUUACGGAGCACUAUGGCAUGGACGUCUCAGAGGUGGCCAUCAUUUGCAGCUCCUUGGCUGGAUCUACAGCUAGUGUGGGAGGGUUCAGCACGGGAUCGCAGGAGGUUGUCGACUAUCAGCGUAUCAAUAGCGCCGGCUACGUGUUUUCGGCUGCGGCUCCACCUUUUACGUCCGCUUGUUGCUCAGAGGCUAUCCGAAUUAUGAAGACCGAGCCAGAGCUUUUUACCAAGCUCCGUGAUAACGCCAAACUUGCGCACAACGCUCUGUCCGCGAGCGUGCAGGGCAUGUACAGUGUUUCCGAGUCUGCAGUCUCCCCCAUUCUGCAUCUACGUCUCUUGCCUGAGGUUGUGGCCCGUGUUGGUAGUGAAGAGAAUCAGCGCCUUUUGCAGCGCAAUGUGUGCGACACUGUCAUGCAAAAGUGCCUCAACAAGGGCGUGGCAAUCUGUUCACCUCGUUACAAGACCGAUCAAACGCUAGAGCCCCUGCCAAGUCUGCGCGUGUCAGUGACUGCCAUUCACUCGCCAAAGCACCUCAAUGCUGCAUUCAAGGUUAUCGCCACGGAAGCCAUGACCACUGCCAAAGAAAUGCUUGCUACCUUUCCUGUGGACGCCACUCGAGCCAGUGAAUUGCGACAGCGCAAAAAGUAG